AGGAGGCCUUGGUUCAACAGAAACCUGGGGUAGAGGAGGCAGGAGCAACGUGCUGGACGCACACUAUGCGCAGGAGUUCCCAUACGGAAAGAUGUACGUGAGUUAUCUUUUGGAGAAGGAACCCAGCAUGUACCCAAAUUCAGUGCGACAUCCCAGCCUAAACCUGAACCAUCAGAACUUUGUGCCCGCACCUCCACAGUAUUCGGAUUUCAGCGGAUACCACCACGUUGCUGGGAUUAACAAUGACCCUCACCACAGCCAGACUGGGGCCUGGAACCCUGCUUACCCGCCGAGCCGGGAAGAGUGGUCACCCUAUGGGCCGGGGACAGGACCGUCCACAUCUAAUCCGGGACCAAUAGGGUAUAGUCCCCCAGAGUUCUCUCCAGUCCCACAACCCGGGCUUCUCCCAUCCAUCAACUCAUCUGUAGGGCAGCUGUCUCCCAAUUCUCAGCGCAGAAACCCUUAUGAUUGGAUGAGGCGGAGCACACCACCGGCAAAUUCAGGUGGUAAGACAAGAACGAAAGACAAGUACCGGGUGGUGUACACAGAUCACCAGCGGUUGGAGCUGGAGAAGGAGUUCCACUACAGCCGCUACAUCACCAUCAGGAGGAAAGCAGAGCUGGCCACCUCUCUCAGCCUCUCAGAACGACAGGUGAAAAUCUGGUUUCAGAAUCGGCGUGCCAAAGAGAGGAAAGUGAACAAGAAGAAGAUGCAACAGCCUCAGCCUGCGUCCACAACAACCCCUACUCCCCCAGGCUCUGGCAUGCCUGGCAAUGUUGCCAUGGUGACCAGCAGCAGUGGCGGCUUAGUGUCUCCGUCCAUACCAAUGACUAUCAAGGAAGAAUACUGAGGACGAUGGUCUGACGUGAAAAAAAUAAAUACUUUUGUCCAAAUCUAACCUGCAAUAGCUCCCCCAGUCAACAGCUUGAGCAACAUGGGGUCAAAUGCAGGAGUCAACAGCUUGAGCAACAUGGGGUCAAAUGCAGGAGUCAACACCUCCAAAGACAGACAAGAAGUAAAGACUUGCUGCUGUUUCCUUCGCUUUUGUAAAAAAUAAUAAGAUGAAGAAACUUCUAAAGGACAAGAUAGACCAACACAAACGUCGGCCGUGCACAGUAGAUCACCUGCCGGGUGUCGACAAACUGUGGUGAUUCAAUAUGUAGAAUAAUCGGGAAAUAAACUGAAAAUGUGGCGAUAGGACAGCCACCCGCUCUGCACACGUUCGUGUUGGUCUGUCUUGUCAGAAAGAGAGACAAAGAACAGAGAAAGAGAAAAUAUAUAAAUAUAUAUAGAUAUUAAACUGUUGUCUUUUACUGUUAUAAUGGCUUCUACUGUUUCUACUGUUGAUGCCUCUUCUGCUCUGCUCAUCACAUACUGGAAAUACUUGUAAAUGGUUCUGAUUCCAAGCAAGAAUAAUAAUAAGUGUAUAUUUUCUAAGUAAUUUGUAUUAAAAGCUUUAUUGUAAA